CGUCGUUUUCAUUCGCCAUGCCGUCGUCUGCUGCGCCGGAUGAAGAGCCGGAGGUUAUUUCGAUUUCCUCUGCCUCUUCGGACUUCGAAGUGCUGAGCAACACCAGUGAUGCAAACGAUGAGCUGUUAGAAGAGUUGGAACGGCUUGCCGUUUUGCCCAAGACUGUCGUGCAGAAACUCAGGCAGAUGUCUUCGAGGUGGUACCAGCAACCGAUCUUGUCUUUCCUUCGCGAGUUGCAGGACAAAAUCGAGAGGAAUCUGGAGGACCAUGUCUUCGCUUUGCAUUACGACCAAGUUGGGACUGACCACUUUGUCCUGCAAUACAGUGCGAAAGAGGACCUUGUUGUGCAGCAACUAUCUCAAGCUGCAGCUUCGCGUAAAAUAAACGGCGCUACAACCAAGAGCAUGGACCUUGUGCAAUCCGGGUUUGAGCUCCUUCUGGACCAAGUGAAGAGCCAGAUGAAGGCCACACGUCUGCGCGAGGGAGACGACGAGGGCGAGGGGCCCUGGGAUCACAUGCUCUCUAGAAGUCCUUCAGCGGAGGUCGAGGGAGGCGAGGAAAGUCAAAGUCUUCAGAAGUGGGAAGUGAUCGCCGUGGAGCCGUCGUCCUCCGCGUCUUUCGAAGUGAUUCUAUACCGCGAGCAAGACAAUUUCUCAUCAUAUAAUGGUGGUGCCCCGGAGUUUCUGCUGGCCAAGUUGCAGCUGGUCUUUCUGGAAGACGAGAAGCAUGCAAAAAUGGUGGAACAAAUUCAAGCCAUUCCGGACCACAAACGGCAUUCCGCGGAGUACUUUCUGCAGAAUCCGGCUGUGGACUUCACGUCGGGCAGGAACCACAUGCAGUUUGGGCAGCGUGUGAAACCGACACCGAAGCUAUCAAAAUGAAAAAUCCCCCCACCCCAUAUCAAAACGAAGUUUGUGAUGCUGGAUUUGCGUACACAAAUCCGAUUUGUCUUGCUGGAGAGGACUGCAGGCCCAUAUCAAACCUGAGCAGAGAGGUUUUGGGCUAGGCUCUUAGCAAGAGAAAUGUCUGCGCUGUAGGCCCAACAGCAUCACAAAUCGCCUGCAUGAAGCGGCGGAGCCUGUGGAGUUGCCUUCUUGCAAGACAGAGAUGAUUUGUGGUCGCAAAUCAGCAUGGCAGAUUUUCUGCUACGUCGUACCUUUACGAUAUGGGGAGGGGGCGUUUUUCCUCACAAUAGAAGCGAGUUUCUUGCCCGGCACAAAAUAAGCGGUACCAACUGACUGCGGUGAAACUGGAACUCCAGUGGGAGCUUGGUGCUCUUAUGAUCCCAGGUAAGAGCAAAGGCGUGUCGGGCCAACAUCUGUUUGACAAAGCCGAAUACUUACAAAGACGGGAGAAGAUACAGAACAAGCGGGGUGGGCUGAAGAAAGGCCAGGAGCUGAAUUACCCGGCUGCCGAUGAUGGGAUGUUCUGGUCCGAUGCGUUCACUGCGUCAUUUGUGGUGACACCUACAACUAGUACUCGUGCGGAUUCUUCUAGCGAUAAGGUUGUUCGGCCAACUUUCGUAGCACAUCAGCACCGCACGGCGUCGGACCUCAUGCAGAUAUUUUCGAAAAAGGGGAAGACCGAGCAGCAGUAUCGGUAUUAGGUCCUCGUUGAAGAUCUCUCAUGGAACACAGACGAAAGUGAUCCUUCAUUUACCUAUAGAUACAACUAGGCUACGCGAGUACGAAUCAGUAUUAUAAUGCUGAUGUUUUUUCCGUACUUCUCCUUAGUGAUUGAGUAGCACUACAGUACUCCAUCCAUUUUUUUUUGUUUACAGGCCGCUUCUUCAGGUUUUCUAUUUCUAUAAUCCUUUAAAAUGUUGCACAAGCUGCUUGUGGAGGAGCAGAGGCGACUCUGCUCAAUGCAGCACGAAAGCAGAGCCUACUAGUGAGCCCUAAGCAACGCGCUACCGCGCGAUUUUGUUGUAAAGGAAAAGCGGCUCUCCAACAGCUUUGAUGUUUUGUUCCCUUUGUUUUGCGGGAAAGAAAUCAAUGCAUGCUUGAGUCGGAUGAAAGAAGCUGAGCAGCUUUAUGUAGUUUUUCUGAAAGAUCACUUGACUACAUUUUAUUGCUGUGGUGAGGCGGGUAGUAUUUUGAUCGAGGAGAUGAAACGACGGACAUCAUGCAGCCCGUCCAAAUCGUAUUUGUAGGGUGCUGGAUUGAAGAGCAAUCGUGUAUGAUUUUUUACUUUUUUAUCCUGAAGAAGAAGAGCUUGAACUUGUCGUGAAAGAAGUGAUGAGCAGGCAGGAAAAUGCCGAGGAAAAAUCCAUCCGACAAUCGAGAUGAACAAAAUUUAGAAAGUUGCUAUUGGAGAAGAAAUAGCACUACGCACUUUACCGCUCGCUUAAGGGCGGCUCUACUAC